GAUAUGCGGAGUAGUUUAUUAGAUACUCAGCCAGAUCAGAGUGUGAGGCGAAAAGAAUGUACCAUGGACAGAAAACCCUCCUAAUUACUAAUCAUUUAAACUGUUGAUUUGUAAGCUGCGUUCUUUAGGUAUUCAGCCAGAUCAGAUUGAGAGAGAGAAAGAAUGUCUAAUGGAACAGAAAGUACCAGAGGUGGAAAGACUUGAGGAGGUUAUGAAAUGACAUGAAGAACUACUGCAAAAAGUAGCAGACAUAAAAGCAUCUUGGAUUCUCACUUCUGAAAGUAGCCUAAGAGGUUCUGCCAAUACAACGUCUAAAAUCAGUACAGAACUUACCUGCAUACUAAAAGGCUUGAGAGAAGAUGGAAUCUUAUGAGAUGCUGAAAUCUGCAAUUCUGAACCUUUUGUCAAAUACAAAUGAUAGGAUGCUGCUUAACAAAGUGAUUCCAGAGCUCACAAAACUGCUUUAUGAUGAUGACCCGGUUGUGGCAUCUAAAGCUGCUAUAAUUGUUAACCAGCUAUCUAAGUCAGAUGCUGCUUGCUAUGCCCUGAUGCAGUCACCUCAGAUUGUCCAGGCCAUCAUCCAUGUUAUGCACAACAACAGUGAUCUGGAAACCGCUCGGUGCAUCAGUAGCAUCUUCCACAGUUUCUCUCACCAUCAGCAAGGGUUGCAGGUCAUCUUUCAGAGUGGGGGGAUCCCAGCUCUUGUUCGAAUGUUAAGCUCUCCAGUGGAGUCGGCACUCUUCUGGUCAAUCACUACUCUGCACAACCUGCUGCUGUAUCAAGAAGGGGCCAAAAUAGCCUUACGCUUAGCUGAAGGCAUAGAGAGAAUUGUUCCACUUCUGAACAAGAACAAUCCUAAAUUUCUAGCUAUUGCUGCUGACUGCCUGUAUCUUCUGAGCUAUGGAAACCCAGAAAGCAAGCUUAUCAUCUUGGCUUUUGGAGGACCUGAAGCACUAGUACGUAUCCUGCGAGACUAUAACUAUGAAAAAUUACUAUGGUCUGCUAGCAAUGCUCUCCAUGUUCUGUCAGUUUGUCCAAAUAACAAGCCCACUAUUGUCAAAGCUGGUGGAAUGCAAGUCUUAACAAAACAUCUUGUUAGUUCAAGCCCAAGACUUGUUAUGAAUUCUCUUUGGACUCUACGGAACCUAUCAGAUGCAGCCAGUAAAGAGGAUGGACUGGACAACUUGUUGAAGAUCAUGGUGCAUGAGCUGAGCAAUGAAAACCCAGAUGUAGUAGCUUGUUGCUCAGGUAUUCUUUCAAACCUAACCUGUCAAAACAAUAGGAACAAGACCGUGGUAACCCAGAGCAACGGUGCUGAGAUACUAAUUCAUGUCAUAGUAAGAGCAGAACAGAAUGAAGAUAUACUUGAGGCUGCUGUCUCUUCCCUCAGGAACUUGACAGUUCAACAUCAGGAUGCUAAACUUGCCCAGGAUGUGGUGCGUGAAUCUUUUGGCAUCCCUACUGUUGUUAACCUGUUAAAACAGCAGUACCACUGGCAUGUCAUUAAGGCUACAGCUGGUCUAGUCCGUAACUUGGCAUUAAACCCAGAAAACCAUAUCCAUCUUCGUGAAGUUGGUGCUAAUUAUCGUCUUGUUGAAUUAAUUAAAAACAUUCACCUAGAUUCCAGUCACAGUGCAACCAGUAGAUCACAACAAUCAUAUUCUGAUGGAAAUGAUGCAUGUGAAGUUUUAGAGAAGAGUAUGGGUGCGCUCUGUGCUUUGGCUCAAGACCCUGUCAACAGGCAAGAGAUAGCCAUGCUUGGUGCCAUUCCAAGGCUAGUACAGUUACUGUACUCUCUAUUUGAGAAUAUCCAACGUGCGGCAACUGCUCUGUUGCAUGAACUCGCUCAGGAUAAAGAUGCUGCUAACGCCAUCAGUGCAGAGGGAGCUUCAGCUCCACUAAUGAAAUUGUUGCAUUCCCAGAAUGAAAGAAUAGUCUGUUAUGCAGCUUCAUUGCUGCUCCACAUAUUUGAAGAUAAACAGGAAGAUUGCACGAAACAAAUUUUAAUUGAGAUGAACAGCUGCCUUGCCAGAUCUAAGCCUGCAGUCCUAGAUGGAAUAGUGGCAAAUCAGCAAAUGCAGUAUUAUGCUUCGUCUGAAGUGGAGGAAGACAUUGCAGAAAAGGGAUGUACCUUAAAGAGACAUGGAGCUAAGAAAUGGAGUAUGAAAGAUUCCGAACAAAAGAAUGGAAAUGGUGUUACAGAUAAAACAGAUGGCUAUUUUGGAGGUGGUGUGGAACCACUUAUUACAAAACAAUUUGCACAACUCCUGUAUAAUGUCCCCAGAAACACCCGAAGAAACAAAGAACAAUGUAUAUUCAAGCCACACUGAGAUGCUGAAGGAUGUCAAAAAUAUUGUUUCCUUCUUUAGAUAGGUGUAUGGAUGAUACAUAACCCUUGGGUGGGGCCUCUUUAUGGCUUGGGAUCUUUUAAAUUAAGUCUAGCAAAUUGCACAGUUAUGCAGGGAAACUUUCGAAUGACACAUUUUUUAAACAGCAUAAGCAUUUUGUUUUCUGUUUUGUUUACUAGGAUUUGUGCACAUGAACAACUAUUUACCUCUUGCUUGUGUAAUCUGUAUGGGUGAAAAUGAAGUGUACCACCAAGGACCAGUUUUUAAAUUAAUUAUCUUUCCUAUCAUAUUUCAUCAGCUGUAACUGAUGUUAGUAAUUUUCUAAGAUGAAAAUAGUCUGUAAGUCAUAAAAAGAGUUAGGUUUCAAGGGUGAAGAUUAAGUUUCAAGGGUGAAGAUCAAGUCUCUUGGAAGAAGUUGCUGUCAAAGUGCAGGUAAACUCUUAGACAACCAGUUAAUAUAAAUGACCCUCCUGACCAUUUGGAUCUACAACUACACAGUGGGCAAUGUUAUAAGUAAAGAGACUUGGCUUUUCUGACAGGGAGCAUCCAAAACAGCUAUGCAACAACCAGCCUCCAUGUUGUACAUACACAAAAAAAUCUGUUGUAAAAUGCGUUGUCAUUUGAACUACCAACAUUUCUUGACUCACCCUAUUUAUCACUAAUCUGAUGAAACAGUUGAUCCCCAAUAGCCAUAUGGGUCAGCUCAUUAGGGCCACAUGUGCCCUCAGCGGAAGUUGCACAAUGUGCAAGUUGAGAAGUGGUGUCCUUCAUUGUGAGAUAUGAGGUCAAUUAGUGGAAGUUGCACAAUGUGCAAGUUGAGAAGUGGUGUCCUUCUUCAUUGUGAGAUAUGAGGUCAAUUUUGUUAGCCCUGCAGUUAGUCACACAGCUCACACUCCCUUGGAUGUGGUGCAAUAAAACAGCAUUAUACAUCAGGCCACACCCCUGUGUGGCCUAAACACACUAUCAUCUGUUCCCGUGCAGUCUAGGCCCUUCACUAUUUGUAAUGCCAUUGUCCUGUUACAUCUGAUACCAUUCACUGAACAGGUAACACAUACAAAAACAUAAUCUGUCUUUGUUCUCCUGUGGAAGGAUUGUCGAGUGAUUCUAAGGGACUGCUGUUAAAAUGAACCUAAAAUACUGACAUAUUAUACCUCUGACGUACCUUUGGUUAAACUGACCAAUUUUGCUAUCUCAACUAUAUUAGCACACUGCACAAUAAGUAUGAUAAACGUGUGUAUGAUAUACAUAACUGCAGUAUUUUUGUGAUAUGCUGAAAAUAUUUAAUUUAAUUUUAGAGUCUGUUACAUUUACUUUUACAGCCUUAACAUCUGUAUUCUUUAAGGACUACCUCACCUCAGAAAUAAAUAAAUAAAUAAUUUAAAACA